AUGUGUGCUAGUUUUAACAAGUUAUUUUCUGCUCCGACCGAUCGAGAACGAGCGAGAGCUCUUGGCGACACAUACCAACUACCUGAUAGUAUUCGUCGAGCAGUGACAGUCGGUGUCGAUGAAUGUUUUUUGCCGUUUCCAAUACCGAAUGAAGGAGAUUGGGUCACGAUGAAUCAAGAGCGAGGUCAAACUGUAGAAUCAUUCGAGAGAACAAAACAAACAGUACUACAUGGAAAUCGGCGAACAAUCUACAUACAGCCAAUAGGCUCAUUCGACCAUCCAAGAGUACCCUCUUUGAAAAAUAUAUCGGAAUUUUCCAGUCAUUUUUUCCCGGGAUGUCGAUUGGAGACUUUGCCUCAAAUCGAUUUCACCGACUUGCCAAAACAUUCACGAGCAGGGCAGCGUAUCGAUCCCUACACGAAGAAACCACAAUAUUCAGCGACUCUCAUAAUUGAUCAUUUGAAAAAAAUGAAACGGCGACAACGAAAGAAUGAUACUGAAGAAUUAUUUUGCAUUGGUGUGACCAUGGCUGAUAUCUAUCCCGAUUCUAGCUGGAAUUUCGUGUAUGGUCUAGCUUCGACUAUUGAUGGUAUUGCGAUUUAUUCAUUUGCUCGUCUGGACCCAUCGUUUCCAGACAUAGAAUCAGUGGGACCCUGUACAGAACAAGAACGAAUAUUGAUACUGAAACGAGCCAUUAGUGUCUGUGUACAUGAAAUCAUACAUUUGUUUGGUCUCAAACAUUGCGUCUAUUAUUUAUGUUUGAUGAACGGAGCUGAAACUGAAGUAGAAAUGGACGGACAACCGUUGUAUCUAUGUCCAAUUUGUUUACGAAAAAUGUACACAGCAACAGGAAAAGACAGGAAAAUUUUCAAUAUUGUGGAAACAUAUCACGACAUUUUAGAUGUUUGCCAAAAAUUUCAUUUCAAAGAUGAGGCAGCAUGGUACGAAAAUAGACUGAAUUUAUUGACUAUGCUAACCAACGAAUAA